AUGUCUGCGAAACUGAUCCUCGUGGUGGGCGCCCUCGCGGCUGUGGCCUCCGCCGUCCCCCGUCCCGACUCUCCUCCCGUCUACGGCGCUCCUCCUCCGACCUACAAGCAGCCAGGAAUGCCCUUCGAGUUCGCCUACGCCGUCAAGGACCCCUACUCGGGCAACGACUACGCCCACGCCCAGACCAGCGACGGUCACGUCACCUCCGGAUCGUACAGCGUGGCUCUUCCCGACGGCCGAACCGAGAUCGUGGAAUUCACCGCCGAUCACGACAACGGCUACGUCGCCAACGUCGCCUACGAGGGAGAGGCCUCCUACCCCGCCCCUGCCCCCUCCUACCACCCCUCUCCCUCCUACCACGCCCCCGCCCCCUCCUACCCACCACCCACGUCCUACCCUCCUCCCCCACCCCACCCGAACCAAUAAAUGCCAUCCAUCUUCAGCGCACAGGCGGCUCUGCCAAAAGCUCCUUGCUCAAGAAGUAUCCAACGCCAAAGGAAGGACUUUCCAAGCUCAAGCCACACCAUUAAAAUCCAUGCAAAAGUCACAGGCAAAGUCUAGGUGCUUCCUGUGCUUCAGCAGUAAGUGCCUCACUGCUUCCACAUGGAAUUUUAUUUCAACAUAAACUUAUGUUUUCACAAUGGACGCGUCUUCUAGUCUCUGUAUUCUACUCUUGUAAAUAAAAGUUACUCGAUAAAACUUUUUUCUAAUUACAAUGUAACCCCACACA